AUUGAAUUAUGGGCAACAAUUGAUGAGCUACCAGAGAUAAAAGCAUUAAAGAGCAAGAGUCAGAAUCUUCCAGAUACUCCUUAUUCACAGUGACCGACCACGAAGACCUGCAAUGGAAUGACAACGACCAGUACUUGUCACUUGCUCAUAAGAGACGUAUUGAGAGAAGCAAUAGGACUAUAAGAAAGUAUAAAGUUGUCUGUCAGGUUGAUGAUGUUCAAUCUCAGCAAUAUGGACAUUCACAAGGGGCGUCUGGAAUUUUGGUACCAUACUCAGAAGAUUAUGAAAGUGAGCAUAGUAAAGCAAACGAGAGGAUAAUUGUUGAUUCAAAUGUUGUACCUCAAAAAUCAAGCCAACCCCACCAAACUACGAGCUCCCAAGAUCAACCGAAUGGCUCUAAGGGUUUGAAGAAAUCUGAAUCAGAAGGCGGGUUUUCAUUUGGGGAUGAAAGCUCCAAACCUCGUCACAAUUCAUCCAAGAAAGCGAUUCUUCCUCCAUCAGUACAGCCUUGUAAUACUGAAAAGAAAUAGAUGUUUCCUGCUAAAUAGUUAUGAAAUU